CAUCAUGCCUACUCAAGUAACUCAACAGCACUCAUUGGUGAAGUAUAGCAAAUGCAAAAAGGAAAUGUUGGAAUAACUCUGUCUCCCUUUUCUUGUGAAUUUUUUUCCUUACAUAAAAAAUCUGAGAUCGCUGUAACAAUCUCCGUACUUAUUUUUUUUUUUUUUUUUUUUUUUUUUUUAUUAUUUUACGUUUUUCUCUCGAUUUAAAUUGCGACUUUGUGAAAUCAAUCAAAUUUUCAUGGCUGAGAGUACCGCUGACUUAUUUCAUUCGGGUUUAAAGCUCCAAAAAAUUGCACACAAUGGGGUGAUGAACUGGUUUAUGAAAUUACAUCCAAUAAAAACGCUAUGGAAUUUACAGCCAACAUACAUCUUGGCACAAACCUCUUUCAUCAUCGGAGGAGUUACAACUUUGAUUCAUGCCUUCCUGACAGGAGGACGAUGGCCCUAUCUCUGGAUUGCUACAGUUCUUCAUGGUAUACUUAUUGAGACAAUCUGUUAUAUUUUACCUGAUGUUGAUAAUUUUUGGCACUCAACGACACCUGUUAUGUUUCUCGGAGGACGCCUGCCUCUCCACAUUAUUUUAUUAUAUCCUUCUUUUUACUGUCAAGCAACUUUCGCAGUGACCAAAAUGAAUCUUCCACAAAGAAUAUUUCCUUUUGCAGUGGGACUAUUCGUUGUAUUGAUUGAUUUACCUUACGAUAUAAUGAGCGUAAAAUUUGUCCAUUGGACGUGGCAUGAUACGGAUCCCAAUAUUUACGACAGACAUUACUGGGUACCAUGGAACUCCUACUUUUUCCACGCGACUUUCAGUGCUGGCUUCACAUUUUGGUUCAAUUACUCUUGCGACCAGAGUCAGUCAGCAAAAAAAAAUCUUCAGAAUAGGCGAGGUGUAAUAACAGAGCUGAAAUCAGUUAUGUGUGCAGUGCUUCUUGGAACCCCAACAGGCAUUUUAUUCUUUGUGCUAAUAUACCAUCCUUUGCAUGACGUCUUAAAAAUUCACUCGGAGGUGACCUUCUUCACCUUAUUCUCAGUUUUCGCUAUGAUUGUCUGCACAAAUAUGAUGGCAUCUGGUUUGAGAACACCUAUUCGCACGGAAGAAAAGGAUUACACAAAAAUCCUCAUUCCACACCUCUUGAUUCACUAUGGACUUUUUUAUGGCUGCGGAAUUUUUGGAUCUCCAGAGAAAGAAGUUUCCAUUGGAUUACAUGAGCCUGUAGGCCCUUGCAAUGAAUACACAUCUGUGCAAACAGUUCUGGGAAUGGUACUGAAGAAAAGAAAAUAUUUAUGUAUUGAGGACUACGAUGAGGCAUACUUUGAUUUCCAUUGCGUACCUGGUGGCCCUCCCUCAGAAAGGGCUAUAUGGUAUGGAAUCUGCGGUACGCCAUUUGAAAACCGGGCUGAGUACAUUGUUAUUUUCAGCGUAAUAACAAUGAUCGCAGGAAGCACUUUUUAUACACUUCACAAAGGUUCAACGAAAAAAUUGGACACAAGACAGAAGAAAAAAGCUUAAAUUCAUCUACGAAAGAAUCUGCUCAAUGAUGUUUUGAGAAAAACUAGGGGGCUCUCCCUUCAGGAUAGGGACGAAUAUUACAGAUUCUUAAGCAUAUCAAGUGCAAGGCUCUCAUUCCUAAAUCUUUGUUGAUUCUGUCAUCUUAAUGGGAUCAGUUUGACAAUCGCUCAAAUCAUUAUGAUGAAUUGUUAGAUGGAAGCUUUCAUUUGAAGUUUAACAAACCUAGAUCCAGAUAAAAUUCAUAUUAAAUAAAAUAAUUUGCACUUAA